GAUCAUUGAUCCUUCAAUUUUUUUUGUUAUUCUCGUCAAUGGACAAAGAAUUUGAUUGUUGUUCGAGAUGGUAAUGAAAUUGUCAGCCAAAUAUAGAUUGGCCACACUGGCUUUUGAAUCAUCCACCACUCAAAAUGAUAUGUUUGGUGCAAAUGGUUUACCAUUGACCCCACCGUCCAUCACGAUGGUCGGUAAUUUUCAUUCCUUUGUUCAAAGUUUUAAUACUGCCACUACAUUAACGCCUUAUUUGACACAUUAUCUGGAUUGUAUACGUAGUAAAAAUGAACGAAUUACAUUGGUAUUUGAACACUAUGCCUCAUGUACAGCCGAUGAUUCUUUGUCUACUGAAAAUUUGCAAUCAAUUUUACAAUGUGGCCUAUAUGGAUUAUAUCAUUUACAUUAUGUGAUUGGUGCCGUUCAUGGUCUUAUAUCUCCAAGUGCAUUCUUGACGACAAAUGACUCGAAAACUCCUUACAAACUAACACAUUGGGCUGUUAACAUCAUUACUGACAUGGGUCGGCUUUGUCAAACACAAAUCUAUCCGGAUGAUAUUCGUUUCAUAGCUCCGGAGCAAUGUCUAUUAUUGAAAGCGACAAAGAAAAGCGAUAUCUGGUCGUUUGGUUUAUCAAUAUUAUACUUAAUGUUUCCAAAUCAGCGUCAAAAUUUUCCUGACAAUCCAUUAGAAUUUAUUGAUGAUGACUUGAAUAGAAUAAUAACAAAACUUGGCAUUGAAAUUCAAGAUUUGUCGGAAAAAUGGAUGAUUUUUUUCCAAUCUACUUUAAAUUGUAAUCCUAAUGAACGUUCAUCGAUCAAAGAAUUGAUUAAAAUAAUGGCCAUACCAGAGCCAAAGUAUUAUACAACAUAUGAAAAAUUUAUCACUACUAAAUCUUAUCAAAAUGUGAAUGAAAUAAAUGAUGAAGAAUUUUUUAAGAUUAGUAAUUUUAUCAAUAUACAUGAAUUCUAUUAUCUGUGGUCGAUCGCAUAUCCAUCCAAAGAAACUGAUAAAGAAGAGCAAAAAAUUCCGUCAAUACUCUCAUUACCUAAGCUAGUCAUAUUGGAAAAUGAAUGUUCGAAUCAAGAAAACUGUGAUAGUAGUAAUUAUAAUAGAACAAUCACUGAUGAUGAAAACAAUUUAAUUGACAAAAUUAUGGCCAUCGAUUUGGAUAGCAAUUGGAAAAUGGUCCGAUUACCUUCAAACUGUGAUUUCAAAUUAUUACCAGUUGAUACUAUAAAUCAACGUCUCCUCAAAAUAUCUAGCGAAAUUUUCUCUCCGUUACUUAUUUCUGAUGCUAAUCUGUUCAAUAAAAGACCAGAAUCUAAACAAAGUUGUGAAUCACUACCGUUGCCCAUCCGCGAAAUGGAUUUCGAUUAUCAAUGUGAACGUCUUUUUUUGUUCAAAGCUCUAUUGAAUGGCUAUCCUUUUUUGCGAAAUCAAUUGAUAACUGAAUCAAAAACUGAUAUUUGUCCUCAUUAUCGUGCUCAAAUCUGGAGUUCAUUACUCAACGUUCGUUGGAAAGAUAAAUUAUUAUUUGAUCAAAUUGAUAAAAUUAGCAAAACAACAACCGAUCGGCAAAUUGCUGUAGAUAUACCUCGUUGUCAUCAAUACAAUGAUCUGUUAGCAUCGGCUGAAGGACAUCGAAAAUUAACUCGAAUACUAAAAGCAUGGCUUGCACAUAAUGAAUCUAAUGGUGAAGUAUAUUGGCAAGGUCUUGAUUCGUUAGCCGCACCUUUUGUAAUAUUAAAUUUCAACAAUGAAUCACAAGCAUUUGCUUGUUUUGAUCAUUUUGUUCGUAAAUAUUUAAAUGGAUUUUUCAAGAAAGAUAAUUCAUCAGCAAUACAAGAAUAUUUGGCCCUUUUUCAGGUGAUAAUCGCCUUUCAUGAUCCAAUGCUCAGCAAUCAUUUAGCAUCACUGAAAUUUGUCCCAGAUUUAUAUGCCAUUUCAUGGUUCCUGACAAUGUUCACUCAUAUAUUACCACUUUAUCAGAUUUUUCAGCUUUGGGACACAUUAAUCCUAGGAAAUGAAUCCUUCCCUUUGUUUAUUGGUUUGGCCAUUCUUCAUCAGUUACGUGAUCGUAUAUCGGAUUUUACAUUCAACGAUUGCAUCCUAAUAUUUAGUGAUUUGCCACAAAUUGACAUUGAUCGAUGUGUGAGAAAUUCGAUAAAAUUUUUCUGUUCAACGCCUAAAUCGAUUAGUAGACGAAAUUUGUGGGAAAUACAGGCACUUAAAAAGUAUCCACGAUUGCCAAGGAUCAAUAUUGAAGAUCUCACCACAUUGGUUGAUCGGCUUAAUCUAUCGAAUUGCACAGCAUCCACCACAGCGGUAGCUUUCGAUCAACAGCAAUUGUGUUCGGAUUGUGGUCGUAACACCCAACUGGUUCUGAUUGAUUGCCGUUCAAAAGAAGACAUUCAAAAGUACGGUGGUACCCUUAUCAAUUCAGUUCGAUAUGAAGAUUUCUAUCAAGAAUUGCAAAAAGAAUUGACCAAUGUUAAUAAAACUAACCGGCCAGCCGCUAAAUGUCAUUAUCAACAACCACAUGGUAAACAUAAUUUAAUUGUCGUCAUCGAUUCAAUUGAAAAAACUUUAGAAUUGAUUGAAAAUUUUUCCAUUCCCCGUGUUUGCUAUCUGGAUUUAUCAUCAUCAGAUCUGGGAAACAUUCCAAAAUGUUUACUAAUUCAAUAAUCACUUAUAUCAUCAAAAUAUACAUGUUAUUUUGGGUCAGGCUUUAAUUGAAGAAUUGAA